GCUCGCGACACAACACAGGGAUGUAAAUUUUCCUAGUGCGUCGCCCCUUUUCGCAUUUGUUUUUUUGUAAUGAAAUAAUUAUCUGAGAGGAUAUAUAUUUUUUAGUAUAUUCCUCCCCCACACAUUUUUCUUUAUGAACAAACAUGGCGACCUGCAUCCCCUUUCAAAGCCAGUUAUCCUCAAUAAUGGAGGUUUUGGUCAAAGCAGCAGUAGCAGAGAUCUCCAAACUAGUCGAUGACAAAUGUGCGUUUCUGCAUCUGGAAAUAUCAAGAAAACAAAGCGAGAAUGAGAUGCUCAAAAGGAAAUUACUGAUGAUGGAGAAUAAAAACGCACAGCUCCAGCAUGGCUUUGAAAACUACAUGGACAGACGGAUUGAUUUGGAAGGAAACUGUCAACACACUCCAGGGGAUAUGAAGUUUCCUGAUAUUGAAGAUGCCGCAGUUUCAUUUCCGAUAAAAGAAGAAAGUCCAGAUGAGCCUCUAUGGAUCAGUGAUUCAGCUGAACCAGUUGGUCCUGCUGCACAGUUCGUGAAUGCUGAGAACCAGCAGUUUGAAAAGACCUGCCAUCUGGACCCACCGGCCGGUACCAGGACCAAACCCUUGGACUUCAGCGACUCAUACAACCACUCUGGAGACAUCAGCAGCCUUCAGUUCACUGUUAAGACAGAAAAAGAGGAGGGCCAGUCGGGAUUCAGCCAGGGCCGAUGCCAACACGGUGUCGGGAAGCAGACGCAACACGCUGCAGACUUUUCCAUGGAUGAAAGGGAGAACCAGCUGUGGUCGUCCAUAAUCGAGGGGAAUGAUAUUGACUCUGGGUUUCCAGACUUUUCAAGUGUAGUAGAGGAGUAUUCGAACACGUUUCCAGACCAUUCCGAUGUGGUUUCUAAUACUGGCAAGUCAAGUGGCGUACCGCAGUCAAGCUCUCAGAGGCCUUGUAAUGGGGUGUACAGCAGUGAAUAUCCAAAGGAUGCUCCACAGUCGUCUCAUUUCCAGAGCAGACCUCAGGUUGGUGUUUCACAGCCGGACAGACAGAAGGAACAGAUGUACCCGCAGAGAAACGGCUCACAGUUAAGGCAGCCGGAGGAACUCAGCCAAAGUGAGACUGCAGCCGCUGAAGGGCCGCUUGGAACUCAGUCGCACAACUCUUUGACAUCCAGCAGUUUCCACGGCCACCACAGGCCUCUGUCUGCAUCGGUGCGUGGAUACGUCUGCAUGAUGUGUGGGAAGACCUUCAGCCGCCUGCACCAGUUCAAGCUGCACCAGCAGAGUCACAAGAGGAAGCGCGCCUUCUGGUGCACCGUGUGCGGGAAGAGCUUCCAAUGCUCAUCCCACCUCAGCAUCCAUCACAGGACGCACACGGGCGAGAAGCCGUACGGCUGUGGACAGUGUGGGAAGAGGUUCACGCAGCAGAGCAGCCUCAGGGUUCACCAGCGCACACACAGCGGCGAGAGGCCGUACAGCUGCUCGCAGUGCGGGAAAACCUUCAUCCUGAUGCACCAUCUGAAACGGCACAGAAUCAUCCACACAUACAGCUGAGGUGGAAAAGUGUGGCUGAGAUGAUGCGAAUAGACCAGACCAGAACAGACCAGAACAGACCAGACCAGACCAGAUCAGACUAGACCAGACCAGAUCAGACCAGACCAGACCAGACCAGAGACUCCUAGAACCAAAUCACAAAUGGUCGGUGUUUAUAGCAUUGUGACGCUGGUCACAGACUUUGUAUAAUAAUGCAUAUUUUACUAUGCAAAAUCCAUGUGGAUCUGAAGAUGUUUGCUUUUUUUCUACUUGUUUCAUGAUUAUUUAAAUGUAUGACUGAAUUUCACCCUCCAACAGAAUUCACACAAGUUAGAAUUUAUGAGAUGAAAUUCCUCCUUAGUAGGGUUGUAUACAGAAGUGCAUUGUGUUCAUUAAAGGAACUACAAGGUUACUUAAUUAUUAAAUAAGAAACUUGUGAUUUCCAAAACUAUCUUACAAUUAUGAGAUGAGGAUCGUGUAAUUAUGAGAAAGGUUAAGCCUAAUUAUCAGUCAUUGUCACAUCUGUAGAAGAAAUAUCUGUGGAUGUGGAGUCUGCGGGCCACCAAACAAGAAACUGCAAUUUUAAAUUGAGACUCAUGUAGCAUAAAAUAAAUGGAGUCAAUCCAUUUAUUAAUGUUAAUGUGUUACUGAUGUCUUAGAUGAUAUUCCAAGGUGACACACAUGCAGCUGCAUGAUGUAAACACAUGCUCCUUUGAGCACUUUAAAAACAAAGUUUGUUGCACUGUAAAGUGGUGUUUUGCAAUGACAAUAAAGCCUAUUCUAUUCUAUUCUAUUCUAUUCUAUUCUAUUCUAUUCUAUUCUAUUCUAUUCUAUUCUAUUCUACUGUUAGCCAGAAUAACUGUAUUGGAUGUAUUUGGAAAUUUUUUUUUAUCAACAUCUGUUUUUCCAAAACAUUCCAUUUGAUAAUUGAUAAAUGGGCUUAAUUUUUUGUCAUGAUUACACGUUAUUUCUCUCAGUUCCAUAUUUUACUGGAACGACAAGAUCCUCUUGUAAUUCUGAGAUUAAUUGUCCCGUUUCGGUCGUCUUUAGUGAACACAGUGUGUUUUUGUCGUUGGGUGAUCUGAUGCUCUUAUAUCUUCAUGGAUCUUAUGCAUGUCCACAGUUUCUCAAAGCAUUUAAUAACAGAUCAGCACAACAACUACAACCUAAUAGAUCAGUUUGGCCUAACACUCGGCUCUGCUGAUUGGACAAAAGACUUCACAUCGCUUUAUUCCCUAAUCUGCUCUACAUGUAGCAGCAUUGCUAGCAGCAGUUCAGUGGGUGAAGACCUGCUUAUAAAAGCAGAACAGUUGUUGCUCAGUGGGUAUUUGAGAAGUCAACCUAAAUACAGCCUGUAGAUCCAUGAUAGGACAUGCAAUGCUGCAAAUAAUUUUCCAAAACUGUCCUGUAUGCCGAGUCUCAACUGAAGACUGAGGACAAAUGUCUGAUUCAGUUCACAUGAGGUCAUUAUCAGUUCUCAUGUCGAGUAGAAUACUUGAAUUUUAAUUGUUAUUUUAUUAUUGAACUGUUGUUUACUGCCAUCUUUAAUGUCUCUGUUAAAUUUAGUCAUCCAAUAAACCUGCAUAUUAAACAUUUUAAUACUAAAAUGAUGAUGUACAGUGCAAAGAAUGCAUGUAAUUUUGUGAUUGAAUUGUCCAAAUAGAGAAGUCUGUCUGUAUGUGACAGUACAUUUCAGACAGAGGAAAACAUUGCAGUUUAAAUCAUGGAUCAUGAUUGUGAUUAGAAAUCCAGAUCGCCCAGCCUUACUCCAAAGCUAGAAACCACAAAACCGGCCCAGAAUGUGUAGUUGAACCACUCACUCCAAAGUCAGUUUGCUUACAGACAGAGUGAAAGGUCUUCGCUCGUAACUGUCCGUCACAUUCACACGUCUCCAUGUAAUUCAGCUGAAUGAGCGCUCAGGUUUGUGUUGUGACGUUCACAUGGGUCAGUAACCUGAACCUGGACUGUCCAAACCUCCCUCAGACCUUCUCCCUGCAUCUUUACUCUUCAUUUAUAUUAAACCAUUGUUAAAUUCA